CGCUGGAUAACCAAUCGGCGACAGGGGAAGGCGGUUAGUGCCCUCCAGGACCCCACGUGAUCCUCCUCAGUAGUUCCCAGGCGGCGCACGGGUGAGCUUGAGACUAUGAAUCAGCGGGUCGGUUUGUUUGUUCUCCUGGCGGCGGGCCUCCUCUGCCUCAGUUUGGGCCCCGUCUCUCGGGCUGACGAUCUGGUCGAAGACGGUCUGGAUGGCGACGAUGCCGACGUGGAGGACGAAAUGGACCUGAGCUUGGCUGAGGACGAGGAUCUGGAGGACGACGUGCAAGAUGAAGCUCCACCUGCUCCUAAAACCCCUCCCAGUCCACAGGUGACCUACAAAGCUCCUGAGCCGAAGGGGGAACACUUCAUUGCAGAGUCUUUUGAUAAGGGGACACUGGAUGGGUGGAUUCUGUCCAACGCCAAGAAGGAUGACGCAGACGAAGAGAUCGCAAAGUACGACGGUAAAUGGGCUGUGGAGGAGAUGAAGGACAGCAAGCUGCCUGGCGACAAAGGUCUGGUCCUGAAGUCUCGAGCCAAACAUCAUGCCAUCUCAGCCCACCUGCUGCGACCUUUCACCUUUGAAACCAUGCCCCUUGUCAUCCAGUAUGAGGUGAACUUCCAGUCGGGUAUCGACUGCGGUGGCGCCUACGUAAAGCUGCUGACUGAGACGCCCGACCUCGACCUGGACCAGUUUGUGGAUAAAACUCCGUACACUAUCAUGUUUGGACCCGACAAAUGUGGAGAAGACUACAAGCUGCACUUCAUCUUCAGGCACAAAAACCCCAAAACCGGAGAGUACGAAGAGAAACACGCUAAGAAACCCGACGCCGACCUGAGGACAUACUUCACCGACAAGAAGACUCACCUGUACACGCUGGUGGUGAACUCUGACAACAGCUUUGAGGUGUUGGUGGAUCAGACGGUCGUGAACAGCGGCAACCUGCUGACGGACAUGACCCCCGCUGUGAACCCCACCGCUGAGAUCGAGGACCCUGAUGACCACAAACCUGAGGACUGGGAUGAGAGGGCCAAGAUCCAGGACCCGGACUCCGUCAAACCCGAGGACUGGGAUGAAGACGCUCCGGCUCAGAUUCCAGAUGAAUCUGCAGUGAAACCCGACGGCUGGCUGGACGAUGAGCCCGAGUAUAUCGGAGACCCUGACGCCAUCAAACCUGAAGACUGGGAUGAGGACAUGGAUGGAGAGUGGGAGGCCCCUCAGAUCCCUAACCCCGCCUGUGAGACCGCCCCCGGCUGCGGCACCUGGAAACGGCCAAUGAUUGACAACCCCAACUACAAGGGCAAAUGGAAGCCCCCCAUGAUUGAUAACCCCAACUAUCAGGGCGUCUGGAAGCCAAGGAAGAUCCCCAACCCGGCGUACUUUGAGGACCUUCACCCCUACAAGAUGUCACCGUUCAGCGCCCUGGGGCUUGAACUCUGGUCCAUGACCCCUGACAUCUUCUUUGACAACUUCUUCAUCACCAAUGACCGCAACGCUGCCGAACGCUGGGCAUCUGAUAGCUGGGGGCUGAAGAAGGCAGCAGAGGGCGCCGCUGAGCCUGGGCUGGCAGCUCAGAUGCUAAGUGCUGCAGAGGAGCGUCCGUGGCUCUGGGUCGUCUACGUGCUCACCGUGGCUCUGCCGCUCAUCCUUAUCUUUGUCUUCUGCUGCACUGGAAAGAAGAAGAGUUCGGCGUCGCCGGCAGAGUACAAGAAGACCGACGAACCUCAGCCUGAUGUGAAGGAGGAGGAGGAGGAAGAGGAAGAGGAAGCCGAGGAGGCUCCGAAGGCUGAGAAGAGCAGCCCAGACACAGAAAAGAGUGAAGAUGAAGAACCUGCAGAGGAAGAGGAGGAUGAAGAAAAAGAGAACACAGCUGAUGAGAAGCUCGAGGACGAUGUUCUGCGGAGAUCUCCAAGGAGCAGGAAGCCCAGGAAGGAGUGAAAUCUGACUGCAACCCUGACCUCAACAGCUCACCCUCUUCAUCCCCACUCCCCUUCCUCCUCCUCCUCAUUCUUCUUCCCGUCCACUCUGAGGCGAUGAGGCCUGAAUGGAACCAGUGGAAGCAGCAACGGGAAACUAAUCAAGACCUCCAACAUGGACACCUGAUGAUGAUGAUGAUGAUGAUGAUGAUGAUGAUAAUAAUGAUUAUGUGUAUGAACAGUACCGAGUUAGAUUCAAAGGAUUUUUGUUUUUCAAAGAGAUUUACUAAAACUUGCUGCAUCAUUCCUUCACAACACCUGAACACUCGAACCUGCAGGACCAACAUCCUGUCCACCGCCAUUGCCACCCUCAGAGCCCGCUUGAGGCUGUUUUUGUUGAGCUUCCAGCAGUCUCUAGCCUUCCAGCAGCCAAAACAUAAGUCAGGUCAAACAGUCUCCAGGUAACCAGGGUGUUAAACAGCCAAUGAGAACACUCUAAAUCGGUCCCUGGAGGGGCUUAGCCCAGCAUCACCCUGCUUGAGCCACCGUGAUCCUGCUGCCUUGUGUCGUGGCAGUCUGGGUGAAAGCACCUGCUGACACGACACCAACAGUCAGGAUGACUUUAAAAUCUUUUGAUUAACCGGAAGUCUUCCUCAUUCCUUAAAGAGCUUAUAAACAGUUGGCUAAUCCAAUAUGUCGUCAUCUAGCUAACACAAUGUAACUUGCUAGCUAGACUAACCGUUACCAACAGUCAGUGAGUAAGCAUCGAAAAAGCCCAAUUAGCUUACCAACAUGCUGCUAAUUAGCUUUGGGAUCAGCUUGCCAUCAUUGCUUGGGUUUUGUUUUUAAAUUUGAUCCACCAGGCUGCUAAUGAAUGCUACAAGAAACUUAGCAACCGUACCUGUGUUAGCAAACUUAUAAGCUAACAGCUUGUUUAUUACAGUAAAUCAGCCUGUUGGUGGUUAUCCUACUAACAACCACAGUUUCCUGCUGGCUAAUCGGUCGAGCUGGGGAUGUUAUCCAGAAACUACUAGGCUGUUUCUUCACCCUCCUCAAACCUGGUGUUAGCUAGGUGCUAGUAAAGCUAGUGAACUGUGUGGCGCUAUAACACAGUCAGCCCACCAAUGCUUACAGCAGCUAGCUGCUAACAGCUUGUGGAGUUCAUUGAUUAGCUAUCAGUCAUGCUAACGUCUGAAAUAAUAAACUGGUAACACCUUUUCUUCCAU